AUGAAACUCCUACAGUUUUCUUACAAAAACAGUGAUGAAAUCCGAGCGGGUUUCUUAGAUGGCGAUAAUGUUGUGGAUAUCAAUAAAGAAGAUCCAAAAUUACCAUCAACGUUAAUUGAGCUCCUCAAAACGAAUUCCAUUUCCAAAGUGAAAAAAAUUAGCGCCAAAUCACCAGUGCCUUUAUCCGGUAUCACACUGAAAGCUCCGAUACAUGGAAAUGAUAAAGUACUAUGCGUGGGAUUGAAUUACAAAGAUCACUGUGAAGAGCAGAAAUUGACGCCUCCAGAACUUCCUUUUAUAUUCAACAAAUUUCCUAGUACUGUUGUGGGACCAAACGACACCAUCAAGUUAAAAACGGAUGUAAGUAAAGCUGUGGUCUGCGAGAUAGAACUGACGGUUGUAAUCGGGAAGAAAGCCAGUAAAGUAGAUUCAUCAAAUGCUUUUGAUUAUGUCCUUGGCUACACAAUCGCCCAAGAUAUCGGCGCUACAGACUGGGAGAAGAACAAGAAAAUCAGUCAAUUGCUGUUGGGUAAAGCAAUGGACACCUUCUGCCCAAUUGGACCUUGGAUAGUUACCAGCGAUGAGAUCGGAAAUCCCCAGAAUUUGAAUGUUAAGUGCAGCAUUAAUGGCGUUCAGAAACAGAAGAGUAAUACAAACCAAUUUAUCCACAAAAUCCCGGAUAUUAUUGCAAGAUUAUCAAAUGUUAUGACUCUUUUGCCAGGAGACAUCAUUUUGACCGGGACUCCUGGCGGUGUUGGUGUAUACAGGAACCCCCCAGAGUUUCUUCAAGCCGGUGACGUGAUCACGAGUGAAAUAGAGAACAUUGGUACUUUUGAAACAAGAGUCGAAGAAUUUUAA